ACAAACAAAAAGAAAACUAACAUGUCUUGUGUCUCUCUCAAUCCAAUUAUCUUCCAUUAUUUCCCUCUCAACCAAACUCUUUCUCUCUAGUUCCUAUUCCUCCUUCUCCUUCUCUUCUUCUUUUUCAUACCCAUAUAACAUUUUUAUCACAAGUUAACAAGACAAAACCGUAAUAUUACCUCACUUUAUAAUAUUCAGAUCCUUUCAGCUUUAUUUAGCACCAACCCAUCAUUUCUUUCUAGUUAAUUAACCCAAAUGACUCGCCUUUUUCGAUCCAAAUCAUGCGGGAUAUCAAGUUUCAAUGUCUCUGGCUUCAACACUUUUACACAAGAAAAUGACAACAACGUAGAGAAGGAAGAAGAAGAAGAAUUAGAAAGUGAUGAUGACAAUUAUGAUGAAGAUGAUGAGGAUGAGGAUGAGGAUGAAAUUGAAAAGUACUCAAGCAACAAUGUUUCAAGACAAUUCACAAAAGGAACCAACAACAAUAAUCAAAAUCAGUUUGCAAUAUUGGAUAUUGUUGUGGCUGCACUUAAGAAAUCUUUGGUAACUUGCAGUGUGGACAGGGAAGAUGUUUCUUCCUUGGAUAUAAGUUGGCCAACCGAAGUUAGACACGUGUCACAUGUUACUUUUGAUAGGUUCAAUGGUUUCCUUGGUUUGCCUUCUGAAUUUCAGCCUGAGAUACCCACAAGGGUGCCUAGUGCCAGUGUGAAGGUAUUUGGAGUUUCUGCAAAGUCAAUGCAGUGUUCUUAUGAUGAAAGGGGGAAUAGUGUCCCAACAAUUCUGCUAAGAAUGCAAAAGCAAUUGUAUUCUGUGGGAGGCCUUAAAGCAGAAGGAAUAUUCCGUAUUACUGCCGAGAAUAGCCAAGAAGAGUUCGUUCGAGAUCAGUUAAAUCGAGGUGUCGUGCCGCAUGGAAUUGAUGUUCAUUGUAUAUCUGGCUUGAUGAAGGCUUGGCUUAGAGAGCUUCCAACUGGGGUGCUUGAUUCUCUCAGUCCAGAACAAGUUAUGCACUGCAACACAGAAGAUGAUUGUACUAAACUUGUGAAGUUACUUCCUUCCACAGAAGCUGCUAUUCUUGAUUGGGCAAUCAAUUUGAUGGCUGAUGUUGUCGAACACGAACAGUUCAACAAGAUGAAUGCUCGCAACGUAGCUAUGGUUUUCGCGCCCAACAUGACACAGAUGGCAGACCCUUUGACUGCAUUGAUUCAUGCAGUUCAAGUUAUGAACUUCCUAAAGACAUUGAUUUUGAAGACGCUUCGCGAACGAGACAAAUCGAUUGCUAAUGCAAGAUUUCUCUCACAUAGCAUGGAUUUUCCCUCCUGCAAAGAUAAACCUCCUCCUUUCAACUUUAACAGAGAAGAUUCAUUUGAACAAACAGAAGAUGCUUGCGACAGAAAGGCAUCAUCAACUACAAAACGAAAAUUCUCAAGGACUUCUACCUUAGGAAGAAUAGAAUGGAGUGUAGAGAAACUUCGAGGCUCCGAGGAAAACAGAAAUGGAGAAGGUUUAUUCAAAUCAUUUUCGGGUGAUAGUACAAAUUCUAGAUAUGAGAGUGGUCCGUUAGAAAAUAGUUAUAGUUAUAGACGUAGAUAUGAUAGUGAACAUUGGCUUCGAUUGAGAAACGGGGUGCGCAAGUUAUGUAGGCACCCUGUUUUUCAAUUGAGCAAGCCAUCUAAGAAGAAUGCAAGUCUCGGCAUUGUAAAUACUAGGGAAGAAGGAGGUGGAGAAGCUUGGACUUGAAAAUGCAUGCGCACAAGGUUUUAAAACCUUGUUUGUGCAUGCCUUGUUUUAUGACCUGUGUGACUGUGGUAGAUGUGUGUGGGGGGUGUAUUUAGCAUAAGCAUAGUUUAAGUUGUAACAACUGCUUGGUGUUUUUAGAAGAAUGCAAGUUCAUGAUAUGUUUGAAAACUUUAACAAAGGCUAUUUCAAAUAAUUGUUCGAUAGAAAUCUUAGUUGCUAAGAUUUUACUUAAUCUUAUCAAUAGUUCUAUAA